CUGUGUAUUCUCAUUGUUGCAAGGUCGCUAAGGUUAACUUUGUAUCUAAAUCUAUGUAACUACAAAAUAAAAAUAUAACGUUAUCGGUCUUAGUGACUGAUAGCAAAAUAGGAUAAGUGAUAACAAAUAAUCAAUUAAUAACAAUAGAAUUACUAUCAUGUUCACUAAUUAUACGAGAGCAUUAAAACUCAGAUAGUUGCACCUUACCGGCAUAAACAAAUGUGAAUUGUGAACGUUUCAGGAAAAAGAGCAUUGAAGUGAGUAAAUAGUAAAUACAUUGUUCUUUAAACUAAAAGUUUCAUACUUACAAUGAUGAAAAUUAAAUAUUCACUACAUACAUUGAGGUUGGCACAGGCCCUUUUAGCGACAAGGACGAGACAGCACAGGUGUUUUUCAGGAGCAAUAGAAAAGAGUAAUAAUUUCUUCUUCCGACAAUUAUUUGAUACAGAGAGCUGUACGUACACUUAUCUGCUGGGUGACUCGGACACACGUGAGGCAGUUCUCAUUGACCCCGUGCUGGAACAGGCUGAGAGAGAUGCCAAGCUGAUCACAGAGUUGGGAUUCAAACUAAUAUAUGCAAUGAACACGCAUAUGCAUGCGGACCACAUAACUGGCACUGGUAGACUCAAGUCACUGCUACCUGGCUCCAGGAGUGUGAUCGGGAAAUCGUCCGGAGCUCAGGCCGACAUACACCUGUGUGACGGAGAAGCCGUGAGGUUUGGUUGUCACCAACUAGUGGCGUGUUCGACCCCGGGACAUACCAAUGGGUGCUUUACAUUCGUCUGUCACGAACAGUGCAUGGCAUUCACUGGUGACGCGCUGCUAAUAAGAGGCUGCGGGAGAACAGAUUUCCAGGAAGGCAGUCCAGAAACCUUGUACCAUUCCGUUCACAGCAGGAUUUUCACCCUCCCCGACCACUUCAAAGUAUACCCCGCCCACGAUUACAAGGGGCAAACUGCUUCUUCUGUCGGUGAAGAGAAGAAGUAUAAUCCUAGGCUCACUAAAUCAUUGGAGGAGUUUGUUCAAAUCAUGGAUAAUCUCAAUUUGCCUUAUCCUAAAAAGAUUGAUGAAUCAAUACCAGCAAACAAAGUGUGCGGACUAUUUUGAGAUUAUAAGUUUUAAUUUUAAGUAAAAAUAAAUUAAAUAAACUUAAAAAAAUACAAUAAUGUUAUUCGGGCGUUUGUCUUAUGCAAUGACUUUACAAGACUGAGACGCAUGUUAGAUGUCUGUCCCAUUCUAAUAACAUUUCUGAGAGUACUUCUCAUUUCAGCAUCGGAUGGUCAGGCAUGAAAGAGCUUUCGGCCUUUUGUUCUUGAUGUACACACGAAGGGCUUUGGAAACAGCUUCAUUGUCCGAACAGCCAAGUUGUUAAAAAAUCUUCUCAUUCAAAUUCAAAUAUUUUUAUUCAAAAUAGGAUGUGAAAUCACUUAUUGAAAGUCAAAAAACCACCACCCAUUCCAAAAUGAUGCCUCAGGCCUGAGAAGAAUGGGCGCAACAAACUCAGCGUGCUUUUUUUCCAUCAAAAAUAUGUUUUACAAUUAAAGUAACAUUUACAAAGUAACAUUGUACACUUAAACUUAUUUAAUAGCCUGAGGGCGGUCGCUCCAUUCCCAAUCUGUGGUAUCAUUAAGAAAGUCACUUAUGUUAUAGUAACCCUUACCAUACAAACGUUUUUUAACAAUUCUUUUGAAUAACGUAAUUCUUUUGUUUUGAAUAUUCUCUGGGAUUAUGUUGAAAAAGCAUAUAUAUCGUCCCAUAAAAGACUUGUUAACUCGACUAAGUCGAGUAGUAGGCAUUAUAAGCAUAUGUCUGUUCCUGGAUAUAAUUUAUUCUUCUGUUUAUCCCAUAGACUUAUAAUAUACAAUAUGCUUUAGAUCAUUUAUAUAUUAUCUAAACUAGCCGUUCCCGCCCGAAUUUUAAAGGGAUAUAAAUUAAAUUUUAUUCAUCUUAUUACAAAUACAAUAAAAAAAUAAGUAGCCAUAAACCAUCUAGCAUAAAUUUCGCAUCGAAUGUUGAUACGAUCAGUGGUUUAGGCGUGAUUGAGCCUCAAACAAACGCCAUUUUCGUUAUGUGUGUAUAGAUAGACUGUGGCAGCUGUGAAAACGUCAAAAAAAAUUGACGUUGACAGUAAAACUCUCUUUUGAACAAUGCACGCACACUAACACAAAGUGACGUAGCUUGUCACGCACAUUAAAGUAAUAAACCUGGCCUGUUUUUAUCGUUGGUCUAGCACCAAAAGGCUCUAUCUAGACGAAUAAAUUAUCUAAGUUCUUAAUGGUUAGGUUCAAUUUUGUAUGAAAUAAAAUGUUAUAAUACAUAAUAUAUUUGCAUGCCUUGUAGGUAGAAUAAGAGAAACGGAAUCUUAAUAAAAUAAGACCGAUUUUAAAACUGACCUUAUUCCAAUGCAAAUAAAGAUAAUUAUUAUUCUUAUUAAGAUUAGCGCGUAUAGACAGAGAGGGACAUCUCCGAGAUACAUUAGGAUAGAAAAGCAAAGCGAAUCUAUUGUUACUGAAACCCAGUUUUAUUUACAAGUCUUAAACAAUCAGCCAUGUUUGAAAUUAUUUAUUACUCCUUAGAAUUUUGAAUGUUAAGCAUCUAGCUGACGCACACAUUGACAUAUCAAAAUUACACAUAAAAGUCACGCUUUUGGAGGUCUCGGGUCGUACGCAAAUAUAUUCAAUAUUUUAUCCCUAACAAUAUAAUCCGGGUGUCUUCAAGAGUAUUUUAUAACUUGCGCGUCCAAUUGCGAAAUAAAAUGAAGUAAACUUAUUAAAGGUUGUACUUAAUAUUUAUAUUUUACAAAUAAAUGUUUUAUAAUGCAUAAGUGCUAAUUUUAUAUUAAUUUGGCACAGCAAUGUGUUAAUAUACAGGGUGGUUUUUAAGACACCGCCCGGUGAUGGCCAAGUCGGAAAUUAGGAGACUUAGAGGAAAGUCGUGAAACGAGUCAUGCCCUCGAUUGAUAAGAAGAUUUAAAUAUAUAUAUAUAAAUUGAACUUUUGACAAAAUCGACCCGAACGAUUUUUCAAAAAAUUACAUUCUGUAUUAUUGAACCAAUGGGCUCUGGCAAGUUCAAUAAAUUAAAAAAAAAACUAAAUAUGCAGUUAUUGGUUACUUAUAAAUCGAGGGCACGACUCCUUUCACGACUUUUCUCUAGGUCUCUUAGUUUCCGACUUGGCCAUCACCGCUCUUCUCAAAAAACCAUUAUGUAUAAUUUAUAUAAAUAGUAUCUGUGAUAAAAAUGGUCACAGACGUCUUAGUCUAUAAGAAUAAUAAAAUUAUUGUUAUCAAUAUAUUUAAAAGAUUAUAUUAUUCUGUUUUUCAAUAAAUUUAUAAAUAUUA